AAAGAGGCCAAAUUAGACGAAGGGCCGAACGACUAACCAGAUAUUAAAGAUGCAGUGGAGUCUCUUUCUGCUGAUUCUGAUGGGGCAGUGUUUCUUCUCCACCUGUUACCUGUAUGAGUACCACUUUAUUAGAGAAAACAAAACCUGGGAAGAAGCACAGAAAUACUGCAGAGAGAAUUAUGCAGACCUGGCCAGCGUGUUUGACAUGGCAGACAUGGAGAGACUGCGUGAAUCCACAGAGUAUGAAGGUAAAGCCUGGAUUGGACUGUUCAGCAACCCAGGAAAAGAAAACAGGAUGUGGCAUUGGUCUCUGCCAGGGGUGAAAUACAAUGAACUUGAAACCAGAUGGGGACCUUCUGAAACAGAUGAUCAAAAUGAGAACUGUGUGCAGACAAGAGGAAACUGGACACAUGUCAGUUGUGACAAAAUGAUGUGGUUCAUCUGCUACGAUGGAAAGAAGAGAGACGGUAAAUCGAUCCAUUUGAUUAAAGACCCCAAGACCUGGAAAAAGGCUCAGAACUACUGCAGAGAUCACUACACUGACCUGGCCAGUGGACUCGAUCAGGCGGAUGGGGAAGAAUUUAAGAUCCUGAAGCAGUCUCAGGGCUCUCCGAUGAAUGUGUGGAUUGGCCUGUUCAGAGACACCUGGAGGUGGUCAGAUGGAAGUAAUUUCUCUUUCAGGCACUGGAAUAUGGAAACAUUUUAUGACGGACAAAACAACAAGAAAUGUGCUGUGACUCUGUUAAACACAUCAGGAAAAUGGAGCUCUGAUGAAUGCAACAACAAAAAUCCUUUCUUCUGUUAUGAUGAUAAAUUGAUUCUGAUCAAUGAAAACAAGACCUGGGAGGAAGCCUUGGAUUACUGCAGACUGCACCACACUGACCUGGUCUCCAUCACUAACCCUCACCAACAGAGAGAGGUUGAGAGGAGAGCCAAGAAUGCCAGCAGUCCCUACGUAUGGGUGGGACUGCGCUACGCCUGCGUGAUAUAUCUGUGGUUCUGGAUCAGUGACAAACGAGUCUGCUACGAGAACUGGGCUGAUAAAGGAAAGAUUGAUGAGUGUCAUAGGUGUGCAGCUAUGGAAAGAGGAGGACGGUAUCAAUGGGUCAGUCAAAGAGAACAUGAGAAAUAUAAUUUUAUUUGUUCUAAACAAUAAGCUUUAAACCUCUCUGACUCACUGCAGGUUAAUUAUUGCAGCAGAAAUAAUUUGUUUUUAUGAUUUUAUCAAGCACU